GGGACCGGAAAGAAGUCGUAGGGAUGUUGAGCAGGGAGCACGGACCUACGCUUCCGGUUGCUCACUUCCGCUUCCGACUCUGACCGGGGUUCCGCCUUCGAGAGAGGAGAUUGUGGCGUCGGCGGAUUCCAAGCGUUUCGAGCUCCAGACAGGAUGAUCGAGGUUGUUUGCAACGACCGUCUAGGGAAGAAGGUCCGCGUUAAGUGCAACACUGAUGACACCAUCGGGGACCUUAAGAAGCUAAUCGCAGCCCAAACUGGCACCCGUUGGAACAAGAUCGUCCUGAAGAAGUGGUACACGAUUUUUAAGGACCAUGUGUCCCUGGGGGACUAUGAAAUCCACGAUGGGAUGAACCUGGAGCUUUAUUACCAAUAGAACAGAAUUCCUUCCUGCUGCCCAUCCCUCCCCUCCUGUUUCCUCUCUGCUCCCACCCUCAUCCCCACACUGGUAUGGAUGCUUGUUUUUAAAAACUCCUGUUAAUAAAAUAUUAGAAGUUGCA